CUGAGUUUCCCGCUGAUACGGCAAUGCCAAGAGCCGGCUACAACCAAAAUAAUAAUUCGCAUACAAAAUUUGAUUUGUAAUUGCAUUUAAUGGCAGCCAAAGCCGCCACAGCCAGUGAUAAGGACGAGGGGCAGGAGCAAGAGAAAGCCGCCACCAAGGAUCAAAUGGAACCGAUGGAUGCAAAGGAAACCGAUGCAGAGUCGAAUGAUCCGGCAAAAAGAGAUGCCGCCGCCGCUGGUGGCCGCAAACGUAAACGACAUUUGUAUAAUUCCAUUCGCAGCCAAAUGGAGUUUUAUUUCGGAGACGCAAAUCUAACUAAGGAUCGCUUCCUGCGGCGCUACGUGGACCAGGAUCCAUACGUUCCCCUGGAGAUCUUUCUGACGUUCAACAAAAUUAAACCCCUCGCCCAGGAUGUGAUGCAGAUAGCCAAGGCACUGAACAAUUCCCAACUGCUGGAGUUGGAUGAGAGCCGCCUGAAGGUGCGCCGCAAGACCAAGCUGCCCGACCAGCGGGAUGUCAAUGACAAGACGCUCUAUGUGGAGGCAUUGCCGGCCAAUGCCAGCCACGAUUGGCUGAAGGAGGUCUUUAGUCGGUACGGCCCUGUGGCCUAUGUAUCGCUGCCACACUAUCCGGGCACUAAGAAGAUCAAGGAGUUUGCCUUCAUCGAGUUCGAGCGCAGCACGGCCCUGGAGAAGGCGGUCAAAGCUUUUGCUCAGGUUCAGGGUGUACUCUCCCUCGACACAGACCCAGCCGUUUUGGCCAGCGUUCGCUCAUUCCAGCAACAGCAGCAGCAGGAGAAAAAUGUUGAUGCACCGCUGGAGGAUGGCGGCACGAAGCGGGGUCGCAAGAGAGAAGCCAAGGAGGAGAGCCAUCAUCAUGAUGUAAAGCGCGUCAAGCUGGAACAGCAGCCCAGCGACACAUCCACGGCCGAGGAGACAGCAAGUGAAUCGGAGGACCAGGAGGCAGCCGCAUCAGCGCCGGAGCAGCAAGAGGAGGCGUCCUCCCAUGAUGAACAACCAGCUGGCGAUGGCAAGGGCGAGACUAUUGCGGAUGCUGACGCUGACGAGGCAAAGAAGCGUCGCCGCAAGCGCAAGAAGAAGGCAAUCAUAGACAAGCCAAACAUUGAUCCCACGGCCAUUGAGCUGAAGGUGCUGCCCAAGGCCAGCUGGUGCAGUCUGCGCAACAAAUAUCUGAAUCUGCAGCGUCGCCUGGUCAGCGAGGCGAAGGCAAAGUUGUGGCGCGAGUCGCAGCAGCAGCAGCUGGAUCCCAAUCAGCCACGCAAGCGCACACCCAUGCAGGCGGCAGCAGGCGGGCAACAGCAUUCGGAGCAGCACAACAAGGCUGACAACGGUGAGGAGUGUGAGCCGCUGAGCGAUGUCGAUGAUGUCGUUGGAGGGACAGAGACAAGCGUGCCCGUGCCGCCGAAGCGUCGCAAGGCAGUGCAUAAAAUGAACAUGAAUUUCUAUGGUGCCGGCGGCGGUGAGACCGAGGACAGUCGCAGUGCCGUUCGCACCGAGGACCCCUCCCAGGAGCGCACGCCGCUGUUCAAGUACGAGCCGGGACUGAUUGUCGAGUGUGUACUGCACGAGCCGUGCACCAAUAUCAAGGAGUUCAAGGCAGAUAUGCGCCAGUAUACGGACAUCAAGUAUGUGGACAUUAAGGAGGGUGAUCUGGCCGCCACAUUGCGCAUGGCCACACCCACAGCCGCCGAGGAGCUGGUGCGCCAGCUGAGCUGUGCCGAGCGGCAGCUAAAGGUGCUCGAUGGCCAGGCGGAGACGCUGUACUGGCGCAAAAUCGAACAAGAUCGCGAGGCAAAGCUCACCAAAAAGGUGCGCGUACAGCAGAAACGUGGCCGCGAGAAGGUCUCCAAAAUGUUGGCCAAGCACACAAAAUUCGAUGACACCGAUGACGAUGUGGCUGCCAGUUGUGAGCCACCAUCUGGGACGACAACAGUAGAGGCAUAGUCUCGAGUCAUUGUUGUAUUGUUAAGCAAUAAAUGUGCUUCUUAUAUUCUAUGCUAA